UUUGUUAAUCUCAAAACCCCGUACUGUAAUACCGUACCGAAUAACAACGUUCCGUAUUCCUAAAUCCUAAGUACAACUCAACAACAUAAAAACCUUAAGCUCCAAGAAACAUAGAUAGAUAGAUAGAUAGAGAGACAAACACUUCAGACUCAGAAAAUGACGAGUGGUCCACAAAGUGAGCCUCGCUUGACGUCGUCGUUUUUGGUAGAUAAGGUAGCUGACGCACUUCAUUCUGGUCACCUCACUGACCCAUCUGAGCUCUCCGAUCUUUGCUUCUCUCUGGCCAGAGGCAUUGAUCAUGCAAUUGCAAAUAAGGAGGUUCUGCUAAAAGCAAAGGAUUUGCCUGUGUUGGUUAAACAGGUAUAUAAGUGCAUUAGUGAUUGUUCACUUCAAGCAGCUGCAAUGACGCUUAUGAUUUCGGUCAAGAAUGCUUGUAUGAUUGGAUGGUUUCAAAUUGAAGAUAUAGUUGAUCUUCUUACUUUGGCUGAGGAGAUAGGUAAAAAUUUCAGUAAUACUGAGGAUAUUAACAUUGAACCAAGCUAUGCUCUCCCCAGUAUUUCAAAAAUCAUUUCUAGAUUCUAUCCACGUAUAAAGAUGGGCCACAUACUUGAUUCACUUGAGGUUAAGGCUGGGUACCGGACCAUUUUCUCUGACUUCCAUAUCUUGAAGAGUAUGUUGGUUCCUAUGCAAAAUCAGAUAGGUCUGUUUGUUGCUCAAAUGGAUAAGAUGGACACGUCUUCUUGCAUUAUGACUCCACCUCAAGCAAACUUUCUUUUAAAUGGUCAAGGAGUACAAGGAAGAAUUAACAUUUCCAUGGAUACUGGACCACAGCUGCCAACAAAUAUUACUGCAAUGCUCAAAUAUGGAAUUAAUCUUUUUCAAGCUGUUGGGCAGUUUAAUGGUAAUUAUCUCAUUGUUAUAGCCUUCAUGCAUGUGAUGUCAUCAACUUCUGACAUGCCAGUAUUACAAGAUUAUGCUCAGCCUGUUCUUGCUUCACUUGAUUCUGAUUCUGAGAUAAUCGAGGGGCCGUCGCGUGUUUCAUUAAAUUGCCCAAUAAGCCACAAGCGUAUCAAGACUCCUGUGAAAGGACUUCUCUGCAAGCAUUAUCAGUGUUUCGAUUAUAAUAAUUUCAUGGAGAUGAACUCAAGAAGGCCAUCAUGGCGUUGCCCUUAUUGUAACCAGUCUGUAUGUCACCCAGACAUACGCGUGUGCCAGGAUAUAGCUAAGAUAUUGCAAGAGGUUGCGGAGAAUGUUGUUGAUGUAAUAAUCUCGGCAGAUGGAUCCUGGAUGGCUGUCUUGGAAAACGAGGACCAUACUGAACAAACGGAUCAUAAGACACAAAGUUGUCAGCAAGAAAGACCUCAGCAGAGUGAUUCUGAUGGAAUCUCAUAUGUUCCUGCUGAAGUUGCUGAUCUUACCAUGGAAGGGAACAAUGCUGGCAAUGCCAUGCGUAAAUCUGAAAGUAUGAACAGGCAACAUUUCGUGGAUAAUCCCCCAUGUUCUUCUGUUUCUACUCAAAUAGAGGGACACAGUUUCUGCUGCCCCAUGUCCCACACUGUUCAUGAUAAUUUGUCAAGAACAACAAUCCCUGAUUCACAAUUAUUGCCUUCUGGAAGCAAUGGAGUUCUCACAGCUCCAAGUAAUCAGCAAAAUGAUAGAAGGGGCCAAUCAAGAACAAGAGAUGACGAACCAUUUGAAAGGAGUAUUCGACGUAGACAAUAUAACACUUAUGAUGAAAGUAGAAGUCCAUUAGUGAAUAUCUUGGCAAAAACUACGGUUAAUGAAGAUGGUACUGUUACCACCAAUAUAACUGAGCAACACAUGCCUCUACAAGAAUGCGACCUUCCUUUGUCCAAUUCUGCUGCCCCACAUGUUUCAGUAGGUGGCACUUCUACCUGGGCUGGCCAUGUAACUGAUGGCAAUCCUCAGUUAUCUUGCACUUUAGCAGUUUCACCUGUUGCAACAGAUGUUGUAUCUCCUCUUCUGAAUCAACAAUCUGUGCAUGUACACAGUUUUCCUGUACCUCUCUCAUCACGACAAAGCCAACUUUUAAGACGCAGUAACUUGCAGUCUUGGCAAUUUGGCUUUGGAAGUCCAAUUGUCAACAAUGAAUGUGGGAGUUUCCCAUCUAUGGCUAUAAAUGUAGGUGGAACUUCUACUUCAACUCCAACUCAGGGCCUCACAGCCCAGGGUCAGGUGCCCACUUCAUUUGAACCAAGAGCUUUAAAUUCAUUAACACCCAGUGGUACCAUUUCUUUUAAUUAUCAGAGCACUCCUUUUAUGGUACCUAAUAUGAGUGGAUAUUAUGCAUUUUGUGGGGGCAAUGAUAGAGGUCAGCAACUACUCAGGCAACUUGUGAAUUCUAUACCAGUCUCAGACAUGGCUUCGUCUUCCAUGCAAAAUCAUUCAUUCACACAGAACUGGAAUGUUAAUAGGAACCAUUACAUUUCUGGUCAAGCAGUCCAACAGGCUGGCAGUUUUCCUGCUCAAGGACUUGGUGCACAUCACAUUUCUUCCACAUCCUCCUUUGGGCAUCAAAAUCCACACCAAUCUAGAGCUCCCUGCUUGAGGAUGACUUCAGCUAUGACCCAGCCUCAAAAUAUUGUCCAUCCAUCUAUUCAUGAACAAGCUGUUCAGUUUCAGCAAGGUGUCAAUAACACACAAACUCAGCUGAGGGCUGCCGCUCCACCAAUGGCCCAGAUGUCAAGAACAGCACCAUUCGUACCAGUUCAACUCCAGCCAUCUACAAGAGGUUCAUCAUUGUCUCAUUUAAUGGCUUCUGAGCGGUUUAGGACAGCUAAAGAGCCGAGAGGGAGAGUGGAUGAGACAACACAGCCAGUCUUGUGUGGUGAUGGCUCAACAACAGUGGCAUCAGUAGAUAACUGGCAGCCCUCAGGCAGAAUGAGGGGAAGCCUCAGAGGCGAUGCUUAUGCUGCCGCUCUUAGACAAUUCAUGCUUAGUUCAACCCAGUGUGCUCAAGUUUCCCAAACCUCAUCUGGGUUGAUGACUACCCCUCAUGGUCCAUUGCCAAUGCAAGACCUCGUCCCAAGUAGCAUCAAUGCUCAAAUUAAUCCACCGGUACAAACUCACCAAAGGCCUGGAGGUGCAACUAGUUGGUCAAGCAGUUGAUCUGCUUUACUUAAAUCUCUAGGGAUGCUAAUCGUCAUCAUUUGAGUCGGGGUCACACUCUUCUCAAAUUUUUGGGAUUUGCAUGAUAAUUUGCCGAGGUGCAUCCUGUAACCAUCUUGUGCAGUUACAUGCUAUUGUUUUGAGAUGUUACACGAGUAUAUUUUGUGGAGUUUAGUUGUAUAGUGGUUAUCCAAUAUGCAUGAAGAGUUUUUUUUUUUUUUUUUUUUUUUUUUCCCUGGAAUCAUUGAAC